AUGUAUAAUAUCUUCUCUGAACUCGUCAAAAUUUACGUCUGUGAAUUUGUUGAAGGUGUUCUGUGCAUCCUGAACCAGGUUAUUGAUGGUGAUGUUAAUUGUUAUGGGUCCUGGAGGCGAUUUUUGGAGUACUUAAUAAAAGCAAGUGAGAAGAAGUGGUCUGACUGUCAAACUGUUAUCCUAGGUCCUCCAGCUCCAGUCCGAACUCUGAAGUAUGAAACACAGAGACCAGUGAAGAGAGGACUCACAAAGGACAUAACCUGUCUGAAGGAUUUUAUGAAUGAUCCCAAAAGAGAAGAGCCUCUAGUUGGUUUAGAACAUGUAGUUGAAAUCAGAUUUCAAGGAAGAAAAGAGCCACAUUAUGAGUGCAAGCUGUGUGGGUUUAAUACAGAGAUGGCACCUAUGAUAGAACAUCUUAGUGGAUAUAAACACAGAAGAGCAUACAUCUCUAAAGAAUUUCCAGAUAAAAUGAAGAGAAAGACAACAGAUGUAAAAGAAUGCAAAGUCUCAUUUCUCAAACGGAUAGCAGGAGAGCUAGAGAAGACUGAAGGAUUAAAAAUGUAUAAGAUUAAAGGUUACAUAAGACCAAGUACCUCACGAUGGUUGAUAAGGCUGAAUGAGAGGAGCCAGUCUGGUCUUGCUGCUUGUGAUGCUUUGGCUGGUGCUGCUACUGCAGAACUGGACAACCAAGUGAAACUGGGUGAUACUAGAGCACAGCUGCUGGUGCUGGAGUGGGGAGGUUUUAUCAGUUCAGUUGCUGUUAGCAGUGGCAUUGAGACUUUUCACAUCACCUCAGACUCAGAAGCGACACUUGUUGUUCGGAUUACACAGGAACUCACAGAAGCUUUGAAGGCCUUUUGUGAAAAGAAAGCAGCAGUUAAUUAUACUAACAGUCUGAGGCCACUGAUGUCCAUAUCUCAAGAUGAAUUUCCAGGAAGUAAAAGCAUCUCAAAACACUAUAAGCCAUAUGGAAAAUCCAAAGGAAAUUCUAACUGGAAUGAAAGUUUUUUGUCUCAAUAUGAAGAGUGUUCUGCAGAUGCUUCUUUUGCUCCUGCUGACUCGUACAGUUACCAAACAGAUGAUGGAUCUCCUUCCUAUGGGCUGAGAUCUAAUGACUUUGCAAUGAUGUCUGCACUCAGGGACUCUCUUGCUCUUCAGACUGGAAGUCCUGCCACUGGUAUCCGUGAACGGCUGAGACAGUUCAGCCGAUCUGCUUCUGGCAGUAAUUCAGCUGGUGGGGGCUCUUCCUAUGACACAAGCCCAGUGAGUGAGUACUCAGCAGAAUACAUGUCCAACGAUGUGCGAGGAAGUGAGCUCCCUGAUACCAGAAUCUCAUACGGCAGGGAAAGUACGAAUUGGAGGAAUCAACAAGCGUGUACGAAAGCAAGGAGUAUAAGUGAUCAAGGAUUGCCUUAUCUCAGUUCUUCUGCUUCAUAUCCCUCAUCUGGAAGAUAUUCCACAAACUACUCUUCACAAAGCUAUUCCUCUUACAAGAAUGAUGAGUCUGUCAAUACUUGUACAUCUUCUGCAAAUUCUGCUGUCUCAGGAAGAGGUGGCUCCAGGUGGAACGAGGACUCUAGGUGGAACCAGAGCUCUAGCUGGAACAAGAAAUCUAGCUGGAACCAGGAAUCUACGUGUCAAGGAUUCAGGCAUCAGAAGUCAGGCUACAAGAGUGAGUGGAGUUCACAUCAGUACUCGUUUUCUGGCAGUGGUUUGUACAGAGAUUACCAGCAAUUCAGAAGCUCAGAUGAGAUGUUUGAUGACGAUGCUGUUGGUCUUACUCCCAGCAUUUUGAAUAGACUACAAGGAAAGGAUAUACCUACAACGACCAGGACACUCAAACAGUUGGCUCCAUAUUAUCCAGCACUUCAAACCAGCAGCUCAUCCUACAAAAAUGACUUACGAGAGAUGGCGACUUUGGAUUCUGUUUUACUUGUUCUCACUCAGUUCAACCCUGCCACCUUUAAAGGGGGAUUCAAGGAAAGCAUAAAUCCAGGCUACUGA